AUGUCAUUGCAUCGUUACUCAAACUAUGUGUCGACAAAAGCGGUCGAUCCGAGCACGGCAGAAAUUGCCGUUGUUCGACGCGCUGAGGGCCGAACACUGCGGAAGUCGUGCGACAGAUGCCAUCAGCAGAAGCUGCGAUGUGUCGGAGACAAAGCUUCAUUGACUCGGUGCAAGCGCUGUCAAAGGGCUGGGCUCGAGUGCGUGUAUGGGGCACGAUCCAGCAAAAAGGCGAGCCAAUGUAGUCUCGACGACUUUGCCUCGUGGGACAAUUGGCCAGGAAAUUCCACGACUCCGCUGUUGAAUGAUUCGGUGGGAGAGCUGGACACAAUGUUCGAUCUCGAGUUGGCACAUUUCGAUGCUGUCUUUCCUGUUUCUCCCACGUCUCAGCCUGGUAGCGGCGAAGGAAGUACUUCAUUCGUCCCGCCUGCUUCUGAGCAAACCACGGAGGAUGCCGCCAAUGUGGCGCCUGGCACGCAUCUGGUGCCGUCGGACAGCUCGCCAAAAGCAGGAGAGAGGCGCAUAGCUGAAGCUCCAGGAACAGAGACGAGCCUUGCCAAAGCUUUCCAGGACUUGGAAGCGACAUUCCUCAGGACAAUGCGACAUCAGACCGACAACGGAACCCAACAUUAUGCGAUAGGUGAAGUCUUGAACGCCCUUGGCGAUUUCCUGGGAGCUCUGAAGCUCAGCAGCGUGGCAGUAGCGGGCCACACUAGUACACCUCAAAGUCCACAUGGCGCACACUUAAGAAGUAAACAAGCGUCCAUCGCAGCUCAAGGCUACGUGCUUUGUGUUAGACUUUUGGCCUCCUCCUUGGAGCAGAUGCUUCAAAGCCUCAUGGCAUCUCCAUCGCCGGCGCCAAUACUGACUGCAUCUGGCACCUCUGCUGGUCCAAGCGAGACUCAACAUGCAGGAAGUCUGAGACCAGGUCCGGGUGUAUCAGCGAGUCUCUAUUCCGAUGCCAGCCGUAUCCCGCGCAGUCUGCGGGUCGGAGAUCUGUUUGUUACUCCAGACCCGUUCGGCCACGCCUUGAAUUCCAGCGCCGACCUCCUCCGCGUUGGUUGCAGCCAUCUCAACAAGAUGGAAGAUUUGCUCGGGAUUCCAUCGAACCUACAAGAACCAAGUACAUCGUCCCUCGCUCAUGUGGAGCCAGUGGAUCUCGGUGAGCGGGCAGCCCAAGAUAAUGACUCUUCAAGGCAGUCGUUGCCGGCUCGCUUUGUCGCAUCGAUAUGGGAAGACGAGGCAAGCAUCAACAAAAAGUCUUCUGUGGUGUGUCUACAGCGGUAUCGUGCUGCGAUCUUGGGCCUCACCGAGCACUGUCUUUGA